GAAGGUUGCUUCAACUUUGAGCAUCAGACAUUCACACUUCAAGAAUCUCAGUUAUUUUUAUUCUUCAAAUCCAUCGAUUGGUGACUUCAUGUUUUUGUGAUUCCAUUGUAGGGAAGUAAGCAGCCGGAGAGAUGAACAUCGCAACUACAAACUCAGGGCCUGGAGUAAACAACCACCACCACCAACAGAACCAAAUCGUCAUUCCGAUUGUUCCUCCACCAGUGCCACCACCAAUGCCGCCACCACCGAAUCUACCUCGAUCAGAUCUUCUUGAAGGAAGUAGAGAAGACUACAUCAAGAUUGGUGUUCCACUUUAUGAAGCAUCAAUCAUAGGCAAUUGGAAAGCUGCAAAACCCAUCCUUGACAAACAACCAGAAUUGAUACGUUUUGCUAUAACUGAAAAUUACGAAACACCCCUUCACAUUGCAGCAUCAGCAGAAAGCACCAAAGCCGUGGAAGAGUUUGUGGAAAAUUUAGUGAAUUUGAUGGAAAAGAAUGAUUUGGAACUACAAAAUAAAAGUUACAAUACUGCCCUUGGUUUAGCAGCUGCAGCAGGAAACGUGAAAAUAGCAAUGAUAAUGGUGAAAAAGAACAGAGCAGUGAUGGAAAUCCCUGGUAGUAAUAGAACAAUGCCACUCUAUGUGGCUGCUUUAUUUGCAAAACCUGAUAUGGUGAGAUAUCUCUAUCAUAAUUCUAAUGAAAUGUCGGGUGAUUAUUGGAGUCAUGAGAUUCAGGGUUGGCUUCUACAAAAAUGUGUUGAAUCUGAUAUCUUUGAUGUUGCCACAAAAAUAGUGAAUGAUCGCCCCGAACUCUAUGCCAAAAAGGGACUACUCACAAAUGUACUCUUUCUUUUGGCUCAAAAGACACGUGCAUUUAAACAGAGAAAACCACAUAUUUUGGUGAGAAUCAUCAAGUCAAUUUUUGCAGUCUUUCAUGUGAAGGUAAGGUUUACAGAAAAGGAAAGUGAAGCCCUGCAAUUAUUAAGAAUACUUUGGAAAAAAAUUGCAAUAAUGCCCAAGAGCGAGAUUGAUGACAUAAUCCGUGGGCCACCUAUGGAAGUUAAAAAGCAGGGAGAUCUUGCACCAAGUCGUCGAGGGACUGAUAUCGGGAGUAAAACUGGUGUAGUGUUGAUGGUCGUCUCCAUACUGCUUGGCUUGCUUUGCUUCGUUCUUUGUCUUAUUGCUGAGGCGACACGCUCGCAGGUUUGUUCACGAUGACUCUACAUCAUGAGGCAUACUCUCAUGUUCGCACGGAGAUUAGUUGAGGUAAUACGAGAGGCAAGUGGAAGUGGUGGAGGGGAAGCGCAUAAGAGCGAUUGUAGAUAUAGUGGCAAUGGCGAAACACCACUAAUUUGUGCGGCGGGUGCAUUUGUAGCCCUUGUGAUCGCUAUGGUGGUGCAACAUACACAUUUGUUGUUAUCUGUUAGUAAAUCGGACCCUGAUCCUAGUUUACUUUUGACUUGGGAUCCUCUCUCGAAUGAUCAUCUCAACACUCUCACUUGGCAAGCUGCAUUUUUCUUCGUUACCACUUGGAUUUGCUUUUCGGUGGGAGAAAUUUUAUUGUUGAUUGGCUUAAGUGUCGAAUCAGGGCACUUGAAAGGGUGGUCAACCCCAAGGUCUAGUUGCUUCACUGCACGAGAAGGCUUGUUCUCUUCGGCUGGGGUGUUUGGGAUCACAACAGUCUUUCUUGCAUCUGGGUUGUCUAUGACGGCUUUACGAGCACAAUGGUUAUUACAAGAUCAAGAAAAUGUUCGUCAAGAGGUCAUGCAAUCGUCAAUCCUUUAUGCAUCCCCGCCAAGACCAUCAGAGGAUCGAAUCAUGGUUAUUGGUGGUGAAGCACCAAUUGUUAGACAUGAUCUAUACCGUGAGCCGGGGCUAAUUGAAUAUUUAAGGGCUUUUGAUAAAAUUCUUUAACUUAUUUUUCAUGAUUGGAUAGACAAUAAACUUGUUCAUUAGUAUAUACUUUUUGUGCCGGUAUGCCAUUUCGGCUUUCAUUAUAAGUUAUGAC